AUGCAGGCCACAAGUAUGAUCCGCGCGUCCCCGAAGCCCGAAACUGCACCCAAGCAAAAGGCUACCCGCGUGGAGGAGUGGUCUCAGCUUCCACUACGAGAAUGGCCGGAUCUGGAGCGUUGGUUGACGGUGAUGUCGGAGCAAUUCAGCGUUGAACUGCCCGCUGGGGAGGUGUUAUUUCCCGUAGCCUCCGGUGGAGAUAUUCAUUCGGGUCCGAUUACCCCAGGUAAUCUCGGUGGGACCCGCCACUGGAGUCGUCUAGGAGGUCCCCAGUUGCACUCCGCUUCUUAUCUGUCCCCAGAGACGGUCAUCACAGAAGGUGGCCAUGAAGAGCGCGGGCGGCAUGCUCCCGUGCUGGAAACUUCACCCUCAUCAUAUGCCAUACACGGCACCGUGACUAGCGAGGUUUCCGCAUCAAUUGCUCGGGCUCCGUCUGAUAUGGGGGAAUGUGCCAGGUCACUUCCAGCUGCAAGGGACAACGAACCAACCGCAGCGGAACCAGGGCCGGCGCGCCAGCUGACGCAGAGAAACCCUAGUAUAUACUUCUGA